AUGGAGACGCGCACGGAGCGUAAUGGCGGUGCGUUCUUGACCGACCGGGCGGCCGAGAUGGACGGCCCUUACGUCGCCGUCGUCGGUCAGGCCGGCGGCGUCGAGGGCAGCAGGGUCGGCGCCACCAACAUCGGGAGGCUGCGGCAGGGGAAGGCGGCCAGGGGCGGCGUCAACGUCUCCUCGUGGCACCUCAGGGUGUUCGCCGCCGUGGUCGGGGUCAUGGGCUGCCUCCUGCUCGCCGCCUCCCUCGUCAUGUCCGCGCUUCACCAGGUGCAGUUCCGGAACGGCGCCAUCUCCGUCAACUUCAGGGGCCUCCAGGAGCUCAAGCACAAUUUCGUCAAGAAGGAGCAGUCAGAGCAGAUAAUGCAUGAAAGACUUCUACAGAUGGCAACUUUAGCCACCACCAAGAACGAGUCAGAUGAUGGAAAUUUCGCAUUAUGGGAGGAACCCUACAAACAGGCGCGCAAAUGGACGCCCUGCGCCGCCAAAUACACCUUGGAAGAAGAGCCUAGCGACGACAACAAUGGAUUCAUUCUGAUCAGCGCAAACGGUGGCCUGAACCAACAGCGCGUCGCCGUGUGCAAUGCUGUUGUCGUUGCAGCUCUGCUUAAUGCCACACUGGUUCUGCCCCGGUUUCUUCACAGCAGCGUGUGGAAGGACAAAAGUCAGUUCGGUGACAUCUACCAGGAAGACUACUUCGUGAACUAUAUGAAGAGCGAUGUGCUCAUCGUGAAAGAUUUACCGCCCCAUCUCCAGUCGCUGGACCUCGAGGCAAUCGGUAGCCAAGUUAUCGACAACGACAUCUCCAAAGAGGCUGAACCAUCUGAAUUCAUCAGAACUGCACUCCCCAUUCUUCAGAAAAAUGGUGUUGUUCAUUUCCUCGGGUUCGGUAACCGGCUUGGCUUCGACUCGGUGCCUGCCGAUCUGCAGGUAACAUUUCAUCCCCCUUGA